CAAAAUGUCUCGCAAGAGUGUUGUCUAAUGCUAAUUUACGAGACAUAACUGCAACUAGAUAUAUAUUUUAACGUUUUUUCAGCUGUUGUUGUGCCACUAUAUAUAUGAUAUAUUAACUGCAUUCAGCUGUCGCCAUGUCAACGAAAGCGGAGUCCAGAGUGUCCAGCACCAGCUCCAGAACAGAUGAGAGGAAGAGGUCAAGGAGCAGAGGACGAGAAAAAAGGAAGCGGAAACGCAGCCGUAGUAGAUCUUCCUCGUCAUCCUCUUCCAGUUCAUCGUCGUCAUCGUCAUCAUCUUCAUCUUCUUCGUCCUCUUCUUCGUCACGUUCAUCACGCUCAUCCAGCCGCAGUCGGAGUAGCUCAAGCAGUAGCGACUCCCGGAGUAAAUCCAGAAAGCAGUCUAAGAAAAGGAAAAAGGAGAAACAACACAAAAAAAAAGGGAAGAAAGAGAAGCGGCAUAAACGUAAAAAAGACAAGAAAGCAAAAGGAGGAGGAGAAAACUCGGGACCUGUACAGAUCUCUAAGUACUUGAAGGACCGGAAGAAAGGCAAGUAUAGCAUGAUUUCAGGGAAGAAGAUAAAGAUGAAAGUAAAGAAGUCCAAGAAAGACAAACAGCGGGAUAAAAAUCGUGCAGAACUUCUUGAGUUCUUGAACUCUACCCUGUGAUGACACUGUGGACACCAGUAGUGAUGCUAAGGCUUGGACACGUCGGCAGAACUCAGGAAACGACAACUUAGCCUUCCAGGAGAACAAAAAUGAAGGGUUUUCUGAGAAAGGGAUAAAUACGACUUGCAUCGAUGCACAGGGGACGCACAGAGCCAGAUAGAGUGAAGGAGCAGCAUCUCAUGCAACAGAGUGAGAUGCGUCCAUAGUGCUGCUGGGGCGGCCAAUUCUUUAGCUUAGCCUGAUAGCUUUGUUGUAUGAGAAGUGUUUAUGUUGAACAGUGACAUCUAAAAGUAUUUGUGGCCAGCUAGAUCAGGUGAAGGUGAAAACUGUAAUUAGCGAGCAUCAGUCAAAGCAUUGAAUGGGGAUAACUGCCCGCGACCAGCUUCUUAAUUUUGCUUAUGGUUUGAACAUAUUGUCGCCCCACAGACUGAAUCAGCUGGACCAGUGAUAUUGUCUUUUGUUUUUAUUCCACAUUCUUCUUCCUUGUUCAAACCAGGCACCUACACAAUUCAGCUGGAGAUUUAGGUCUCUUAUGCGAGUUAGUAAGCCGCUAGCCUCGAGCUGAGAGAAGGAGAGGGCUACAGAGGUCUGAUUAACUCACUUAGUUCUAACUCCACACCUCCACUUUUUUUUGGUUUGCUUUGUUUUCAGACGUGUGGUCUGCAGCCCAGACUGACAGCUCUGACUACAGUGACAUCACUUGACGCAAAUGAUCAGAUUUCAUACAACUCCCUCUGAGGCCACAAAAGGCUUUAUACAUCUUCCUUCACAUAUGCAGUCCUCCAUCCCAAAACUUGGUGUAAAAUUGCUGAAGUUCCCGUUUACCUUCUAGUCAACCUUACUACAUUUAGGAUUACCCCAUACAUUUUUUUUUGUAGAUAACUGACCAUCGUGUUUCCAGAGUAAAUGUCGGCUAUGGAAACCACAGUGUUAUCAACGUGUACUGAUACAGUUUUUAAUGUGCACAUUUUGUUUAAAAUGAUAAGAAUUGAUUGUGUUGUUCGAUGAUAACUGUAUGUCUUAUUCAUUACAUUCACUCCCCCAAAUUCUGUCAUGAAUAUUUUUCAGCAUCAGUCUUUUAUUAAAUUGAAAUAUAAAAUACAAUCACAGUUAAUCCCCUAGUAUCAAUCCAGUUGAAAGCGUUAUAUGGAUGAUGGAGUAAACCUGUUGUGUACUGUUGAAUUUUGCUGUGUGACAAACAGAAAAGAAACAGCAAUAAACUGCUGGAAAGA